AUGCGAAGAUCGUUGGAGAAACUUUUUUUUCUGCUGGGUUUUUUCCCUCUCCGCCCGAGCUCUCGGCUCACUCGCGCUCCGCAUCAACAUCACCCACUUGGUCUCGAUCUUUGCUGCCAAUUUGUUAAAGCAUUGAAGCCACUCUCCUACUUUUGUGAUUCUCUGUGCUGUACUCUAUCAAAGCUUCCAAUUGGCAAUUAUCUCCCCAACCACCGGGUCAAAACCAGAUCUGCCACGAGCAAACUAUCCGACCCAUUGAUCACCCCAUACACUCCUCAAAUCGAACUUCGGUCCUCGAGAUCGACCUCCUCAGUCCCAAUGACUACCCCAUCCACAUCUUCCGAGGCUUCUCCAACGAAUCCCCCCAGACAAAAUAAUCUUCGCAACCCUCUUCCGCUCUCAGCCCCCCAAGAACAAGAAGUGAAAUUAUUGUACUACAAGCGUGUACGAAGCUAUUGCGCCCCGGAGAUUAAAGCAUUUGCCGAGUGCGCUGUUAACCGCACUAUUACUGCAACAUGGGUCUGUCGCCAACAGCGUCUCGCAAUGAACUCAUGCAUGCUUGCCCAUGCAAAGCCGGAAGAAGAGGACCGCGCACGUGAGGAGUGGUUCGCAGGGAUUGAAGAGCGCCGUCGCGCACGCGAUGAGGAGCUUGCGGGUGUUGAGAGGCGACGUGCGGAAGUCGUCGCCAUAAUGCGCGAAGAUGAGACUCGGAGGAAAGAGAAGAAAUGA